UGCCUGCCUGCUCUUCUUGGCAUUUAAACAACCAGAGGAGGAUCAGGAUGACCGGGCAGCUGAGAUAAGGACCAUAUGAAGUUCCCCACAUUACCUCACCCGAUAAGGAAACAAGCAGAGAGAAACGGAGAGGCAGAGAGAAAGAGAGGGCCGGACUGGGAGGAAUUCUCUUGAUGAACCGUGAUGCGCAGAGAAGCAGCCAGGAACUAUAGUGUUUAAACCAGCCGUUUGGGGGUCUGAGUAGAACUGGGGUGCCACAGAGGUCUGGUGAACUUUGAAAGGGAGGUUAGAGGUGCUUGAAUAGAACAGUCCUUAGCAGCUGUAUAAGAAUGAUCACAGAAUAGAAUGUUAUGCUUUUCUGGAGAGUAGAUGAAUAAUGUCAGGUGUUCUUUAGCAAGUAUUUUUUUAAAUCUGGAUUACAUGUAAUAGAUGCCUUCGAACUAGAUCGAAAAAUGACCUCAAACUGUGUGUUCUGUAGCGUAUUUACCUUAGUACUUAAUAGAUGAUAGUUUGACAACAGUCUUCAACACAGGAGAGCAAACUCUCAUCCAGCCAAUAAAAGCAGACUGAACAAAAGUGAUUUAAGUCUUUAGGAGAAUUUGCAACACCACUUUUGCAGCAUCCAUGGCAGUUAAUCCUCUGGAAGAUCUCAUGACGGUUGCAGCGAACCACCAGCUGGUCUCCAGCUCCAUGGCGGAGCCACAGAGCCAUCAGCCCUGUGCAGCCAGCAACCCAGCAUCCCUGCACGAACAUAGGCAGAGCAUACAUAGCAGCCGGGAGCCUAGGAAGUGGGUACAGUCUAUGUGUGGGUCCAGGCCAAACUCUGGUUCCAGUUGGGGUUCUGCCGUCCAGUCCAGGAUGCUGAGGAGUCAACACUCCCCAGAAAAUGCCGCUCGAGAAAGGAGCCGCGUACGCAACCUGCGACAGGCCUUCCACAGUCUGCAGGCUGCUCUGCCCUCAGUCCCACCUGACACCAAGUUAUCUAAGCUGGAUGUUCUGGUUCUGGCUACCAACUAUAUAGCUUAUUUAACAGAGACCCUAGAGGGAGGGAUCGUGGCUGAGCACACCCUGCCCUCCAGGCGGGGUGGAUACUUGCAUCCUGUUAAGAAGUGGCCCAUGCGUUCCCUGCUCUACUGUGGCAGCAUGGGAGCGCUGCUAUCUGGAGUCUCAGCCAAUCAGAUGCCACCGCCUGGACGGGAUGGGACACACCCUCUGAGACCCACCUUAGAAGCAGUCAAAGAGUGAUAAUAGAACAUGUGACAAAACUUUCAUCCCAUUUCUUAUCUUUUAUCUGGACUAGCCAUUUAGCUACUAUUGAAUGCAAUAUCUAUAACAAAGUAACAAAAAGAAGUUACUUUCAAAGCAAAUUGUCAGUUUGGUUCCCGAAAUACAUCCAUUGAAUACAUUCUUGCAGUUUUGGGUUCAUGUUAAUAUGAAGGACAGGAUCUACAGUAAAAUAACCUUCAGCUACAAGGACAGGGCCAUUCUUAUCUCCAGCUGUUGGAAUUAUGCAAGCUGAUUGGCCUUUUCAUUUAAUUCUUCAAUUUAAAAACUGGUUACAUUUCCAGAUUAGUACAAAAGUUCCAAGAUUGAAUUUGUUGUGUGUAUCUGCAGAAAAAGGAAAAGCUUGUUAAAAGUAAUUCUAUUCCCUGCCAUCUGGGGAAAACAUAAGGGGACAGCACAGAGAUUUAGAUUUACUUUUGUUGAAAAUAUUCCAACAUUAUUUGAGCAUUAGACAGCAGAUUGUCAGGAGGGAUUUCAUACAAAGAAAUGAAGAGGGUGCUUCACUUGACUAAUUAUUCCACAAAUCACUACAUGGAGGAACAGUGUUUGACCUAUUAUCUUGAUUUAAAAGUUGUACAGUGUUUUGUUUUUAUUUUACUUUCACUGUAUGGAAGAGUUCAAUCACCUGUGUACUUUAAGAAAGGGGGGGGCAGACAGAAUAGCAGUGAGUAGCAGUCAGGGAGGGAUUGUUGUGGGAACAAAGCAGCUGUCAACUAUUUUAUAUCUCUGCGAUAAUAACCACUUAAUUCUCUUUACAACUCUGCCACAGAAUGUAACCUUCUUCUUUGAGCAAAACACCAUCUACAAUAAUGUGUUUUGGUCAGAGUUACUUAACACAAACAACAUUUUAGAAGCAAAAAUAAUCCAAUUGGUUGCCGUAGACCUCAGUGGGUUGAGAUAAACUUCCCAACGUCGGUCAUGGAAAAAUUAUUUCAGGAUGUUUCACAUAAUCAUAAAAAAUAUUAUUGUGUUAACUUGACAUAUUCUUAAUUUUGUCAUCAUGAUCAUUUCACAGGAAACAAUCUAUGUAGCAAUCUAUAAUCACCAGACACAUGUGGUGUAAAUCUAAAAAACAUUUGACAUCAGCAGGUAACUGUUACAGCCUGUUGCAGCUCUUAACAAAUAAGAUGUUCCUCUAAUAUUUCUGCAGUAUUCCUUUAGGGACUGAUAGUGUGCCUAUGGUUGACAAUAGCAGUUUACAGUAUUGUGAUUUUAGGAAAAACAAAAACUUUUGAUUGUUUUUUGGACAGGAGUUCUGAAUAAAUGUAAGCAUCUCUGGGCAUAUAGAACAACUGAGAUUCAGUUGUCUAGACUGGUUGGUAAAAAUUACCUCACAAGAAGCAUCAUAUUCAUUAAAUUGAGGACUUCACCUUGAUGAUAAAUUUGUUAACUAAAAAAAAGUGAAUGAAAGAGCUGAGCUUUGAACGAGUUUUUACAAUGGUUGAUCUCUUUAGUUGAAGCAGUGAGAACUUUUGUAACUAAUGCACUUUGCCGUCCCAUAAAAAAAUGAAAUAAAAUUUCAUAAUCAUUUUAACUAGCAUUUAUGAUGCCAUAGAGCCUAGAUGUUGCCUAGCACUGUCUUACAUCGAAGCUUUGUGGACUGAUAAAUAAUUGAAAGCUUAAUGUCCAAAUUGCCCACAUAUUUAAACUAUUCUGUUUUUUGAAUAGUCAUGAAAGCAUAAAUUGAAUCUUUUUUGCAUUUUUUUUUCCUGAGGAGUCCCGUUUGUAAGUGUGUGGGCAUUUUCCUGUGAUAUGGGAUUGUUUGGCAAUGUGUACCUAACAUUACUUUUUGAAAAGCCUUCCUGAUUUUCCAACCGUAAUUAAUUUGCUUGCAUUGUCAUGAAAUCACCCAGCACACAUGAAAACCACAAAACGCCAAAGACAUCUUGAUAUUCCAUAUAUUUCUGUAAAUAAGUAAAAAGUAAAGCAAGUAAACAGGAAAGUAAGUGCAAGUAAAUCCAAAUUAAAUCUUUAAAGAAGCUAAAUAUUAGCACAGUUUGAAUUGACAUCUCGAGAUAAAAAAGAGACAGUUUCCAGUGUCCUCCUUUUUUCACAAUAUUUGUAGUUUUUGUAUCUCAACUCAUAGUUCACUAAGUAUCAUAUUUUGUUGCUGUAUACUAUAAUUGCAAAAAUAAGAGCUCAGUACUGAAAUCCAAUCCAGUAAGUCAUGUUGAUACGUCUGUAGGGUGGAUAGGAGAAGCCUACUACAGAUGAGGGACCAGACUAACUAAAAUCAUCUCCUCCUUGAAGAAAAUGGGCUCAGCUCCACAAGCAACAGUUCUGUGUUCAAGGCUAGAUCUAUAAAUCAGUUAUGGGGUAGGGAGUGGGGUGGAGCUCGCGGUUUCCCAUGUGUAGUGAUGACAAAUUUGGAGCUGCUGGAGUCUAACUACUGAGGCGGAGGUUACAGAAGCCAGAUGCUUUGGUAAAGCAACUGCAAGAGAGACUGAGGUCAAAUGAGAACCAUGGCCAGGCUCACAGCUGGAUGUGACUGUCAAAUAUGCAUGUAACAAAAAGCACCAAAAAACACUGAUCGUAGAAUAGAAAACUUCAAAGUGUUUGUUCUGCAGGAAAAACUAAAAUAAUGACUUUAAUCUUUUACUGGUUAGCAUGUCAUGGUCUAAUGCUUACACAGACAGUUUUAUAUAUAUGUUUUUUGACUGUCAUUUAAGAGCCUUUAUUUUAUUUUAUUUUAUUAUAUAUUUUGCAUUUUAGAAACAUGCAAUUAUGUUUCCAUUUUUUCUUUUUGGAGACAUUGCUUAGUCUUCCCCAUCAAGGUUUCAAGGUCCGAUUUAAUGACACUUGUAGUAGUACAAGUGUAAAAGUACCACAACUUCCACUGUUCAUACACAAUUGACAACUGCUGUCAGUACUUACACUUCAGCUUAGACUCCUCUACUUUCAGUUUAUACACUGAAAUGGCAAAAAUUUUGUUUUAGGACUUCUGCUUCAAAUUACACUUCCAGUUCAAUUUAUCACUUUUAUGUCAACAAUUUCAAGUCCUUUCAGGACUUUGACUUGAAACUAAAGCUUCUUCCAGUGCCUACACUCUACUUGAUAUGUUAACUUCAUUCAGCAGAUCCACUUUCAACUAUUUCCUCAGAAACUUUAGCCUUUUCUAGUUUUAUUCAAUUUUAUUAUUUUUUAUCAGUUAACUUCAUACAAAAUGCAGUAAACAGAAAAAACCUAAAUAAAAUCAAUAAUUGGCAUGACCACCCUUCUGGCUUUAAAAUACAUACCAAUUUUCAUAGGUACACUAGUGCACAGUUCCAGGUAAGCAGGUAGGUUGUUCCAAGCACCCUUGAGAACUUUCCACAGUUCUUCUUUCGAUUUAAACUGCCUCAAUUACUUGUCUCCUCAUGUAAUCCCAGACGGACUCCAUGAUGCUGAGGGCUCUAUGGGGGCAAUAUCAUCUUUUGCAGGACUCCCAAAGGAGCAUCUCUAUCUGCAGGCCAUAUGGCUGCCUUCAAAGUGUGUAUCUUUGUUUUUGUCCAUGUUCCCAUGUAAAGACAGCUAUUUAUGCCACUGGAAAAGCUUCAAGAAAGCAUGUAUCCAAAGUGUCUGCCCCCUCAUCCCCUCAUGUUGGGAGAUAAUCAACAUAUUUUCACUAUCUCCUGCUCAUUAUGGCUGGUACACGCUGAUUACAAGCUGGAUUUAUGGAGCUCUGAGGCCACACUCCCCCCUGCUUUGGCUGGGCCUCUGCUGGAUCUGGGUAGACAUCAAGGGAGAGGAUGACAGCGAGGAGGAGGACAAGUUGAGAGGAGAAUGAAGAGGAAGAGGGGAGGAUGGAGGAGAAGAGUGGAUGACAGAAGAGAGAGCAGGAUAGCGGAGAAAAAAAAUAUAGGAGAAUAAAGGAAAAGAGAAGACGGGGACAAACGAGAGCAAAUCAUAAGACAGCAACAUGAGGGUGGAAGCGGGAGUAGAGCAAAGGAAAAAAGUGAGGAAAAGCAUGAUGCUGACAAAUUAUUUUUUUAUUUCAGCUGACUACUGCUGAGUAAUGCUAAUAUUACACAUACAUAAUAUUUGGUCUGUCUGAGAUAAGAUUAUACUUAACUGUAAAAUUACUCUUGGCUAACCAUUAAAAUUAUGAACCAGGACAUUUUUCAUUUACUUUUUUCCUUUUUUCAGUUUAUAUCAAGGACAAUGCUGCUAGUUUAUACUCAGGGAAAAAAAAUCCCAGUAUGGAAUUUCAGUAAGUACUAAGAACAUUAAGCUUAUAAUACUAGCUACUGCCUCACAUUUUUCUGGGCGUCAGUUAAACAAAAACAGUGUUCUGAGGAUUAAUUCAAGUUCAGCCAAUCAUAUUCUGAUGAUAAUCUCUGAGUUAAUACAUAUAUACCAUGAUACAAUAUGAGUGGAGGUGAGACACAGACUAAAGGUCAGGUUCAAAAAAAAAAAAUCACUCGUUGCUGCUGAUCAAAAAAAAAAAAAUCACAAAUCCUGUUGUGGUGUAUUACACUGGCGUUUUUUUUUUCAUUUUUCUUUUUGGUUCACAGAAAGGCUUAACGUGCAGGUAAUUUUAAAAUCUUUCCCUCUUAUUGGCAUUAAGU